UGCGAGUUCUCUCGCUUAACGUUCUCUUUAUCUAUCUACCUAUCUAUCUUUUUCUCUCUCUCUCUCUCGUUCUCUCUUCUCUCUCUCUCUUUAACUUGGUACGAACGAUACCAAGGCUGCUGCUGCUGGUGCUGCUGGUGCUGCUGGUGCUGCUGUUGCUGCUGGUGCUGGUGCUGCGACCCGAUUAUUGCUUUUGAACAACUCUCAGUUGUCAGAGUAACAGAAGAAGAAUAAGAAUAAGAAGUGAAUCACAAUUAACCAGGAAAAUACAACAGGAACCUACUCUAAUCUGUUAGAAAAAGAAGGAUAAGGAAGUUUAGAAGGAGUAGUGUCAGAGGAGAGAAGAAGAGGAGGAGGAGGAGGAGGAGGAGGAGGAGGAAGAGGAAUUAACGAUAACCGCGAGGGUCUGUUUAAGACCCCCGUCGGUCCAAACGCAUCUCAAGUUCGCGAUAAGACGAUCGCCAUGGCGGAGGAACAAGAUACGAAUAACACGUGCGAGGAUUCUCUCGGUCCUGGUGAUACCACCACUGCAUUUGCCAAGAAAUUACGGGGCCGGAAGGGAGCAUUAAAGAAGAAAAAUGUGUACAUGGUUAAGAAUCAUAGCUUUAUGCCACGUUUUUUCAAACAACCGACAUUCUGUAGCCAUUGCAAGGACUUUAUAUGGGGCUUCGGAAAACAAGGAUAUCAGUGCCAAGUCUGUAGUUUCGUCGUUCACAAACGAUGUCACGAAUACGUGACCUUUACCUGUCCUGGAGCGGACAAAGGAGCUGACUCGGACGACACGCGGACGAAGCAUCAAUUCAAGCAACACACCUACAACAGCCCCACGUUCUGUGACCACUGCGGUAGUCUUCUCUAUGGUGUCAUCCACCAGGGCAUGAAAUGCCAAGCAUGCGACAUGAACGUACACAAGAGAUGCGAAGAGAGCGUACCAAAUCUUUGCGGAUGCGAUCACACCGAAAGACGUGGUCGUAUACAUCUUCUCAUCACCGUUUCCGGUAGCAAGAUGACCGUCGAAGUAAAGGAAGGAAGAAAUCUCAUUCCAAUGGAUCCUAAUGGUCUUUCGGAUCCUUACGUCAAAUUGAAAUUGAUUCCUGAUUCGGAUACCGUGAAGAAGAAAACGAAAACUAUCAAGUCAUCAUUAAAUCCUGAAUGGAAUGAGACGAUCAUAUUUGAUCUCAAACCGGAAGAUAAAGAUAGACGAUUGUUAAUCGAAGUUUGGGAUUGGGAUCGAACUUCGCGAAAUGAUUUUAUGGGAUCACUUUCUUUUGGCAUAUCAGAACUUAUUAAGGCCCCAGCUAGUGGUUGGUUCAAACUUCUUACUCAAGAAGAAGGAGAAUUUUACAAUGUACCUGUGCCAGAAGAAGGGGUUGAUUUGGCGGAACUUAGAAGUAAAAUGCGAAAAACAUCGGUUACGAAAAAGACUCCAACGACGCAGGAUAAAGAUGUUCCGCACAAUAUGGGAAAGAGCGAUUUAAUAAGGGCAUCGGAUUUCAAUUUCCUUAUGGUUUUGGGCAAGGGUAGCUUUGGAAAGGUGCUGUUAGCAGAAAGAAGAGGAACUAACGAGUUAUAUGCCAUUAAGAUACUCAAAAAAGAUAUUAUUAUUCAAGAUGACGACGUUGAAUGUACGAUGGCUGAAAAACGAGUUCUUGCUCUUUCGAGCAAGCCUCCUUUUCUUGUACAAUUACAUUCUUGUUUUCAAACUAUGGAUCGUCUAUAUUUUGUUAUGGAAUAUGUAAAUGGUGGUGAUUUAAUGUACCAGAUUCAACAGUGUGGCAAAUUUAAAGAACCCGUAGCAGUAUUUUACGCGUCAGAAAUAGCCAUCGGACUAUUCUUUUUACAUGGUCGCGGUAUCGUCUAUCGUGAUUUAAAACUUGACAACGUUUUGCUUGAUCAGGACGGUCAUAUUAAGAUUGCUGAUUUUGGAAUGUGUAAAGAAGGAAUAUCGGGUGACAAAACAGCUAAAACAUUUUGUGGUACACCAGAUUACAUAGCACCUGAGAUAAUCUUAUAUCAACCGUAUGGAAAAUCUGUAGAUUGGUGGGCAUAUGGAGUACUUCUUUAUGAAAUGCUUGUUGGACAACCACCAUUUGAUGGUGAAGAUGAAGAAGAACUCUUUGCAGCAAUAACAAAUCACAACGUCAGUUAUCCCAAAAGUUUGUCCAAAGAAGCAAAAGAAGUCUGCAAAGCGUUUCUUACGAAAAAUCCGAGCAGAAGACUCGGCUGUGGUUUUAGAGGUGAAGAAGAUGUCCGUAGUCAUGUUUUCUUUAGGCACAUUGAUUGGGAAAAAAUAGAAAAUCGCGAAGUGCAACCACCUUUUAAACCAAAGAUCAAACAUCCCAAAGAUGUGAGCAAUUUUGACAAACAAUUUACAUCGGAAAAAACGGACUUGACACCAACGGAUAAACUCUUUAUGAUGAAUCUGGAUCAAACGGAGUUUAUGGGUUUCUCAUUUCUCAAUCCAGAAUUUGUGCAACAUAUUUAAGAUAAUAUCUCUCUUAUUAGCUUUACCUCAUCGGUCUAUUCUUUGUAUAUUAUAUUACCUACUAGUAUUUUCUUUA